CACUUCUUAUUCUUCUUCUUCUUCUUCUUCCUGGUUGCUUCCCCGUGAUCUUCUGUGACGAGCUGAGAGCCGUGCUCGCUCUCCCCGAUUUCGCUUCGUUUGUUCUCGUGUGCGCUGCCGCAGAUCGGUGAGGAGGUCUCAGGGUUUGCUCGCUCUCGCUCGCCCGCACGUCUGGGGAGGCUCGGCCUCCUGCUACCAAGUCUGUCGCCAUGGCGGCCGCUAGCGCGCCCAUCACCAUGAAGGAGGCUCUCACGCUGACGAGCCUCGGGAUUAACCAGCAAUUCGUCACAUUUACACAUGUGACGAUGGAGUCCGAUAAAUACAUUUGCGUGCGGGAGACGUCGCCGCAAAACAGUGUGGUGAUCAUUGACAUGUCGAUGCCUAACCAACCUCUCCGUCGCCCUAUCACCGCCGACUCCGCCUUGAUGAAUCCUUCUAGCAGAGUGCUGGCCUUGAAAGCCCUGAUACCUGGUUCAACACAAGAUCAUCUCCAAAUUUUCAACAUCGAAUUGAAAGCCAAGAUGAAAUCGUAUCAAAUGCCAGAACAGGUAGUUUUUUGGAAGUGGAUUACACCGAGGUUGCUAGGACUCGUGACACAAACUUCAGUUUAUCACUGGACUAUUGAAGGUGAAUCUGAACCUGUAAAGAUGUUUGAGAGGACAGCAAAUUUGAGUGGCAACCAGAUCAUCAAUUAUAGAUGCGACCCGUCAGAGAAGUGGCUUGUGCUGAUUGGUAUAGCUCCUGGAGCACCUGAGCGGCCCCAACUUGUGAAAGGAAACAUGCAGUUGUUUUCAGUGGACCAGCAGAGGAGUCAGGCGCUUGAAGCUCAUGCUGCGUCAUUUGCUUCCCACCAGGUGGCUGGAAACGAUUCUCCAUCUCUACUGAUUGCUUUCACAACAAAAACUAUCUCAGCUGGGCAGCUAACAUCCAAGCUGCAUAUUAUUGAGCUGGGUGCUACGUCAGGUAGACCUGGUUUCUCCAAGAAGGCAGCAGAUCUAUUUUUUCCUCCAGAUUUUGCCGAUGACUUUCCCGUUUCGAUGCAGAUCUCUGCCAAGUACGGCCUUAUUUAUGUAAUUACGAAGCUCGGUCUUCUUUUUGUAUACGACCUGGAAACGGCAACAGCUGUUUAUAGAAACCGAAUUAGUCCAGACCCUAUUUUUUUGACUGCCGAUGCUCCCACAGUUGGUGGGUUUUAUGCUGUAAAUCGCCGAGGCCAAGUCCUCCUUGCUACAGUGAAUGAGGCAACAAUCAUUCCUUUUGUCAGUAACCAGCUAAGCAACUUGGAGCUUGCAGUGAAUCUUGCGAGACGAGGAAAUCUGCCUGGAGCGGAGGGACUGGUUGUACAACGUUUUCAAGAAUUGUUCUCCCAGAUGAAGUACAAGGAGGCAGCAGAUCUUGCUGCAGAGUCGCCUCAGGGCAUUCUUCGAACUCCUGAUACAGUUGCCAAGUUUCAGAGUGUUCCAGUGCAGCCUGGACAAACUUCACCACUCUUGCAGUACUUUGGGACUUUAUUGACAAAGGGGAAGUUGAACGUGUUCGAAUCUCUGGAGCUUUCGCGACUAGUGGUUAACCAGAACAAGAAGAAUCUGCUGGAAAACUGGUUGGCAGAGGACAAGCUGGAAUGCAGUGAAGAGCUGGGUGAUCUUGUCAAGACUGUGGACAAUGAUAUGGCACUCAAGAUAUACAUUAAGGCUAGGGCUACACCAAAGGUAGUUGCGGCCUUUGCAGAGCGUCGUGAAUUUGACAAGAUUUUGAUCUACUCCAAGCAGGUUGGGUACACUCCAGAUUACCUAUUUCUGCUGCAGACAAUCCUACGAGCUGACCCUCAAGGUGCUGUGAACUUUGCUCUGAUGAUGUCUCAACUUGAAGGUGGCUGCCCAGUUGACUACAACACCAUCACUGACUUAUUUCUUCAGCGCAACAUGAUUAGGGAGGCUACUGCUUUCCUCCUGGACGUUUUGAAGCCAAAUCUUCCAGAGCAUGCCUUACUUCAGACUAAGGUUCUAGAAAUUAAUCUGGUCACAUUCCCUAACGUGGCUGACGCAAUUUUGGCGAAUGGUAUGUUCAGUCAUUAUGACCGUCCUCGUGUUGCCCAAUUGUGUGAGAAAGCUGGUCUCUACAUGCGCGCCCUUCAGCAUUACACGGAGCUAAAUGAUAUCAAGCGCGUUGUUAUUAACACCCAUGCCAUUGAGCCACAGGGUCUUGUUGAGUUUUUUGGCACGCUUUCCAAAGAAUGGGCCUUGGACUGCAUGAAAGAGUUGCUCCAGGUGAAUAUGCGUGGAAAUCUGCAAAUUAUAGUCCAGGUGGCCAAGGAAUACGGUGAGCAGCUGGGUGUCGACGCGUGUGUGAAGUUGUUUGAGAGUUUCAAGUCAUUUGAGGGCUUAUACUUUUUCCUCGGAGCGUACUUGAGUACGAGCGAGGAGCCUGAAAUUCACUACAAGUACAUUGAGGCUGCGGCAAAGACUGGCCAAAUUAAAGAAGUAGAGCGUGUUACGAGGGAGUCCAAUUUCUACCCUGCAGAGAGAACCAAGAAUUUCCUGAUGGAGUCCAAGCUCCCAGAUGCAAGGCCUCUUAUCAAUGUUUGCGACCGUCAUGGUUUUGUGCCAGAUCUUACUCAUUACCUGUAUGUCAAUAACAUGCUUCGUUAUAUUGAAGGUUACGUACAGAAGGUUAACCCUCAAAAUGCACCUUUAGUGGUCGGGCAAUUGUUGGAUGAUGACUGUCCCGAGGACUUCAUUAAAGGUUUGAUUCUUUCUGUCCGCUCUCUACUUCCGGUGGAACCAUUGGUUGACGAGUGCGAAAAGAGGAACCGUCUGAGGUUGCUGACACAGUUUCUGGAGCACCUUGUGAGCGAAGGGAGUCAAGAUGUGCAUGUUCAUAAUGCUUUGGGGAAAAUCAUUAUUGACACAAACAAUAAUCCUGAGCACUUCCUCACCACAAAUCCCUAUUAUGAUUCCAAAGUUGUUGGCAAGUACUGCGAGAAGCGCGAUCCAACGCUUGCUGUGGUUGCAUACAAACGUGGCCUGUGUGACGAUGAACUUGUCAAUGUCACCAACAAGAAUUCUCUCUUUAAGCUUCAGGCCAGAUAUGUGGUGGAGCGCAUGGAGCCCGACCUGUGGUUGAAGGUCUUAAAUCCUGAGAAUUCUUGUAGGAGGCAGCUCAUUGAUCAGGUGGUAUCUACUGCUCUUCCAGAGAGCAAGAAUCCAGAGCAGGUGUCGGCCACUGUCAAAGCUUUCAUGACUGCAGAUUUGCCACAUGAGCUGAUUGAGCUUCUGGAGAAGAUCGUUCUUCAGAAUUCAGCUUUCAGUGGCAACCCCAACCUUCAGAAUCUGCUCAUUCUUACUGCUAUCAAGGCCGAUACGACUCGGGUCAUGGACUACAUUAACCGUUUGGAUAACUUCGAUGGUCCUGCCGUGGGUGAGAUUGCAGUGGGUGCGGAACUUUUUGAGGAAGCGUUUGCAAUUUUCAAAAAGUUCAACCUCAACGUCCAAGCAGUGAAUGUUCUCUUGGACAACAUUCGCAACAUAGAUCGUGCUGUCGAGUUUGCUGCUCGUGUUGAAGAGGACGAUGUUUGGAGCCAGGUUGGUAAGGCGCAGUUGAGGGAAGGAUUGGUUAGCGAUGCCAUUGAGUCUUUCAUCAAGGCAAACGAUGCCUCUCAGUACAAUGAAGUUAUCGAUGUUGCAUCUGGUGUAAGAGCAUAUGACGACUUAGUGAAGUACUUGAACAUGGUACGCAAGAAAGUAAAGGAGGCGAAGGUAGACUCCGAGUUAAUUUUUGCUUACGCUAAGCUCAAUCGUCUCGACGACAUUGAGGAGUUCAUUGUUACUCCUAAUCUUGCAAAUCUUCAAACUGUUGGAGACCGCUUGUUUGAUGAAGAACUGUAUGAGGCCGCCAAAAUCAUUUUUACCCACAUUUCCAACUGGGCAAGGCUUGCCAGUACCCUUGUCAAACUGCACCAGUUCCAAGCAGCCGUGGAUGCAGCCAGGAAGGCCAACAGUGCACGGACGUGGAAGGAAGUCUGCUUUGCUUGUGUGGAUGCCGAAGAGUUUCGUCUGGCUCAAAUUUGUGGUCUCAAUGUUAUUGUCCAGGUUGAUGAUCUGGAAGAGGUCAGCGAAUAUUACCAGAACAGGGGUCGCUUUGACGAGCUCAUUUCACUUAUGGAAAGUGGGCUUGGUUUGGAGCGUGCCCACAUGGGCAUCUUCACAGAGUUGGGCACUUUGUAUGCCAGAUACCGUCCAGAUAAGCUCAUGGAGCAUCUCAAGCUAUUCGUCACUCGUAUCAAUAUUCCGAAACUUAUUCGUGUGUGCGAUGAGCAGCAGCACUGGAAGGAGCUUACUUACUUGUACAUUCAAUAUGAUGAGUACGAUAAUGCUGCUGCAACCAUGAUGAGUCAUUCUCCAGAAGCUUGGGAACACAUGCAGUUCAAGGAUGUUGCCGUUAAGGUUGCAAAUGUAGAACUUUACUAUAAGGCUGUGUACUUUUACCUCGAGGAAUAUCCCGAGCUCAUCAACGACUUACUCAAUGUGUUGGCUGCACGUGUUGACCACACACGGGUUGUGGAUAUCAUGCGAAAGGCCGGGCAUCUUCCUUUGGUGAAGCCAUACAUGGUAGCAGUACAGAGUGCCAAUAACGCUGCAGUCAAUGAGGCUCUGAACAACUUGUACAUUGAGGAGGAAGAUUAUGAGCGAUUGAGAGAGUCCAUCGAUAUGUAUGAUAACUUCGAUCAGAUUUCAAUGGCUCAGAGGAUUGAGAAGCACGAGCUCCUGGAAAUGCGCCGUGUUGGAGCGUACAUCUACAAGAGAGCUGGUAGAUGGAAACAAUCUGUUGCCCUGUCCAAGAAGGACAAUUUAUACAAGGAUGCCAUGGAGACUUGCUCACAGUCAGGGGAUCGUGAACUUGCUGAGGAGCUUCUCACGUUCUUCGUGGACAAGGGCAAGAAGGAAUGCUUUGCUGCUUGUUUGUACACUUGUUACGACCUCAUUCGUGCCGAUGUUGCGGUUGAGUUGGCAUGGAUGCAUGGCAUGAUGGACUUCGCUGUACCAUACCUGUUGCAGUUCUUGCGUGAAUAUUCUUCGAAGGUGGAUGAUUUGAUUAAAGACAAAUUGGAAGCCACUGAGGAGAAGAAGUCUAAAGAGCAGCAGGAAAAGGACGUAGUUGCUGAGUCGAACAUGUACGCUCAGCUCUUGCCUCUGGCUCUACCAGCUCCCCCUGUUGCCGGUAUGCCUGGUUUGGGUGGAGGUAUGCCUGUGCCGGGUAUGGGUGGAGGUAUGCCAAUGCCAGGAAUGCCGGGCAUGCCAGGUAUGCCGGGUAUGUCAGGCUACGGCAUGCCCUCAAUGAGCGCUUUUUAAACUUCGCUGAAGCUUUGUACAUGCACAAGCGAAGACAUUUGUGCGAGCGGGUAGCCCAAAGAAUGCCAAGUGGGCCAUUUGGCUUGAAAGAGCUGAGACAUUUGUUGCACAUCCUUUGAUAGUUGGAGCAUGCCUUCUAGUCACUGCGUGUCUUACAAUAAGUAUGUCGGAUGCAUCAAUUCUUCUGUUGACUCUAGUCGGGUUAGUCAUGUACAAGUGAACAAGAGAGAUCCUCGAAAGUGUCUACAUUCGUAUCAUCCUGCCACAAGGUCUCCAAGACGGUGAUGCCAGGGGCUAUGGUAGACAGUAUUCGUUUUUCUGAUACACCAGGAAAGGUCAGAUCAUUUUCGUAUCCUUGUCCAUUUCCUUGUGGAUCUUACUGCACGUACAUAGAUUAGUGAACGUUGCAGCAGUCUUUUUUCUUGGAGUAGAGAGAUUUGGCCUUCUUGUAGCAGUAUCUGCAGUUGGACCUCAGCCCUCUUGGGCUUGGUAUCUUCUUGUGCAGAGGGCUCUGCAGUAAAAUUGUUUUGGUUGGUAUAAAUUAUGCACACGGUUGAUACCCCUGUUAA